AUGAAGUUAAGGCUUGUUGCAGUAGCUCUUGCUGCUGCCAGUAUCACAGAAGCAGCUCCAAUCAAACGAAGUUUUCUCGAUGACUUACUUGGACUAGAUGACACCACAACAACAAGUGCAUUGACCGGCGUGCAAGCUGCAGCUGCCACUACCAGUAUCCCUGUCGUUGCUGGUACACCAGCAGCACUGGCCGCCACCACAUCGAGCACAGGGGGAUUUUGGGCUAACUUGUUUGACGGAUUUGGCAGAAGCUCAGCCACUACAACAGCAGCACAAGUUGCAGCCCAAGCAACAACCCAAGCCAUUGCACAAGCAGCUGCUACAACAGCAUCCACACCUACCACUUCAUCGGGCGGUUUUUUUGCAGAUCUUUUUGAUGACUUUUUUGGGUCUAGAUCAACAACUCAAGUUGCUACUACUACUGCUGCCGCCGCUGCUGCUGCUACAACAGCAGCUCCUUCUGCUCAAACACCUACCUCUGUAGCUGCUAUUCAGCCUACAACAACAACUUCACCAAGUACUUCUAGUGGAAAUUCAGUGGAGGAUUUAUUUGCCUUUUUAUUAGGAAGAAGCUCCUCUGCUCCAACGGCUACAUCAGCCUCUCAAUCAAUUCCUUCAUCUGGAAAUUCAGCUAGUGGACUGGGUGGUGGUCUUUUUGGAAAUAAUGGCGAAUCCAGCUCUUCAGCUUAUGGCGCUUCUUCACAAGCUUUAGCUUCCUCAGUCGUUACAAAUACCUAUCAAGGCGGCUCACCUGGAAAAUACACAGGCUCUAUCAACACUGCCACAGCUACUGCUUCUAACGGAGGAAGCUCUGCAGGUGCAACAGCUGCUGCUGGUUCCAAGGGUAUUACAUACUCACCAUACACCAAAGAUGACCAAUGCAAGACUGCCUCGGAAGUUGCUGAUGACAUUGCAAAAUUAAGUUCCUACGAACUCAUCAGACUCUACAGUACAGAUUGCUCAGGAAUUGAAAACGUUUUGGCUGCAAUGGGCUCAAGUCAGAAACUUUAUUUGGGUUUGUGGAACAUUGAUACACUGUCCGUGCAGAGUGGAUUAUCGGAAAUCAAGAGUGCAAUCUCAACAAGCUCUAGAGGAUGGAGUCUGGUACAUACAAUUGCUGUCGGUAACGAACGGGUAAACUCUGGAGAAGCAACUGUCUCACAAAUGCAAGACGCGGUAGACACUGCCAGACAAUGGUUAAAAUCUAAUGCAGCAGACUAUACUGGUUAUGUCGUUACUGUUGAUACUUUAGUCGCUUAUGUUGCUAACCCACAAUUGUGUGAAAUGUCGGAUUAUUUUGCAGUAAACUCACACCCAUAUUGGGAUGGUGGUGUUGAUCCAAGUGACUCUGGUCCUUGGUUGGAACAGCAAAUUUCAAACUUGCAAAGUGUUUGCGGGACCUCAAAGGACGUUCUUAUUACUGAGACUGGAUGGCCCACUCAGGGAGACGCUUAUGGAUCUUGUGUUCCAUCGGUCGCUAAUCAAGUAGCAGCUGUUAAGUCGAUUAAAAGCUCUUUGGGAUCCAAAGUGAUCAUGUUUACAAUGUAUAACGAUUACUGGAAAGAUCCUGGUGCAUAUAAUGUUGAACAGCAUUGGGGGCUUUAUGGGGAUCCUUCAGAAUAG